AUGGCCGACGAACCUUCCGAAUCCGACUCCAAUCUACCUCCCUCAAACGUCGGCACCGGCCAAGAAUCACGCCUCGACCAGAUCAUUAAAGGCACGCCCUCCGUCGGUUCAAAAGCCGCCCAAGUCGCAACCGCAUACGUUCAGACCCCUUCCAUCCAUGUCCCUCAUACCGCCGACUCUACUUCCUCUCUUUCAGCUGGCACGGGUUCCAGCAGCUCGUUCGCUGCCCAUGAUGCUGCAACCACGGUUACUUCUGCUGGUGCCCCGAGUUCUGCCCACCGUCCAACAAUUCCGAAUCCACUGGAUAACCACCCUACUUCCCCUCCGACAAUAUACCUAAACCUCAUCAUCCUCGAAGCCUCAUUACGGGCUCAAUACCAAAGACUCCAUUUACGUCGUCGAAAAUACACCGUCUUCCUUUUCCUUCUCUGUCUCUGGAUCGGGUACUUCUUCAACGCGGUUUACAUCGUCGGUCCAUCUCCAUACUCCAUAAUCUCCACCUUCCAAAACUUAUGUCUCCUCGGUGGCAUAGUAACAGGCCUUCUCUUCUGGAUGAGCGGCUUAUAUGCCAAAACAAUGAUAUGGCCGAGAAGAUUGGUGGGAAACGUGAAUAAAGGUCUUAGGAUGUUUAAUGUCAAACUCGUCGUCGUCAAUCGCAGCUUUUCGCAAAGAAUGAGGGAUUGGUCAGAGAUCGUGGCGAAACGACAUCCCCUCGGGUGGAUUUAUUCGGUUGGAUUGAAAAGAGUGCCCCCGCCGAGGAUGGUGCAUCAUGUGAGGGCUAGAGGACAUUCGAAUGCUAUGAGACCUGGUGGGAUUACUGGACUUAGAGCUGGACCCACUGUACCUGGAACCCCGGGGACACCCCCACCGAGGUCUGCGGCUGAUGUGGCAUUGGCGCAGAGGGCAUUGGGGAAUACUACGCGACAGCAACCUGUUAUACCGGAUGGAUUCGACCCAGACGAUUAUUUGGAAUCAGGAAUGAAUGUCAAACUGGUCAUACUUGCGAAACAUUUCUCAGCAGAUUUUAGGGAAGGAUGGGAAAUAUAUCGCAGCGAUUACUGGGAAAAAGAAAACGAACGACGAGCGGUAGAAGUUGAAGCUAUCAAAACUAGUAUUCUAGAAACAGGUUAUCUACCGCCGAUGAAUAGUCACGGCGUGAUUGUUGGCGCUGGAAUAUCAAGCUCCACACCCACCGGGCCAGUUUUUCCCGGAAUUAGCGGACGUCCGGCCAGAAAACCAUCCGUAUCCUCGGGAACAACGACUAGACCACGGGCUAGAAGCAGUGCGUCUCCACUUGGCCCCGAUUCCGAUGGUACAUUACGUGGGACACCGACAAAGGGGAGAUUACGGAUGGGUCAUAAAAAGAGCAGUUCGAGUCUACGGCAUCUGGGUGUUAUGGACGACAAUAUAGAGAAUGAAAAGGCCUCGAUGGACGUUAAGCUGAAACGACGGUCAUUGACAAGGUCGCCUGAGACUGAGAGUAGUUCGACGAGCACGUUGGAUGAUAGGGGGACACCUACACCUCCUCCCCCGCCGCCAACGUCGCCUCCUCCUACUUAA